AAGCAAAAGAGUGUCCCUUUUGGCCAGCCCGUGAAGGCGAGAUUCAAUAUUGCUCCAUGAAAAGUGAUAAAUUUCCGGUGGAAACCGACGGUAUUCGCUAGCAAUCGUGUAUCCGCGACGGAAGUGACCCGUUUCCGGCGAGUGGGGUGCGGUUUUGUGUACGGAAAUAGUGUCCGCUGGUGGAAGCAGAAAAAUUUUCACUUUUCGGUGUGCGGCGCCCCUGUCUCAUUCUCACUCUUGCGUGGUGCUCAUAUUUUUUCCCCAAUAAUAUUCUGGGUGGCCGAGUCAAGUGUGUUUUUCAACAGGCCGAAAAUUGUGGAGCACUGGUGGGCCUCGGUCGGUGUGUGAAGAAAUCUCGCUCUUCAUUGAGCUGGUGUCGGUUUUUGGUGCAAAGUGAAGCCCAAAGUGGGAAAAGUUUGAUUUGGAUGGUGCGAAAAUUUGGUCGUCUGGAGAAUUUUUUUGCCCUCAUCCGGAAAGGUGAACGAGGAGCGGUGUAGAAAGCGGUUGGCGGCGGCGGCAGUCAGUGCCUUUCGGAGAAUCCGUCUCGGCCGUGUGUCGGUGGUGAAAUUUGUGAGUGUAGUUUGUUAUGUUGGGCGUCCAAUGCACAGCACGCACACAUCCGAGGAACACAUAAAUCAACGAGAGACGCAAACUCUGCGAGGAAAGAGAGAGCUAUAUAGUGUCCGAUCCAACAAGUGUUGCCAAUCUUCGUGGAUCGUUUGCAGAAGAACUCACAGGCCUAACACAAUCGGCGACCACUCCCGAACAAAACAGGACCCUCAAUGAAGUGCUUCCUGUGCGCUGCUCCCAUCACGCCAUCGUCGCCUGGUGCAUACAUCAGCUGCAGCGUCAAACAGUAGCAGCAGUGUGGAAGUGGCACCACCACCCCGACCCGUCAGUCAGUACGGAACACAGGAGCACAAUAACAAAAGCCAACGUGGAUGUUUACGUGUGUAUGUGUGUCUGUGUGUCCCCGUUGCAUGAAACUGAUCCCUGUGCAAAUAAAUGAAAUAUAACAAUAACAAUAAUAGGGAAAAAUCGCGAACAAAUAGCACAGCAGCACUAGGAGCAAACUAGAAAGAAACGGAAUUGUUUGUGAUACUCACCAGAGUGCCAGCUACAGCAGCAGCAGCAGCAGCAGUAGCAGCCCGCAUAUUCAAACUCUCGCCCGAACAGCAGAGCAUUGCGUCUAGCGGCUCCGGGACGGGUUAUUGCCGGUGAAGAAAGAGAAGAGUGUGCCCACACACGAGAAGCAGCUGGAAAAUUUACUUGUGUGACUAAUCGUGAAGAUUUUCUUUGUCAUCGCAUCGACCGUAUUUAGGGGGGUGAUUUUCCCGAGAAAGUGUCCGGGGAAUUGGGGGCAGGAAGAGAAAGAUACCAAGCUUGGUGUAUUCGGUUUGGGGCUUGGCAUAGUGAAGAAGAUGUUCGCAGUGUGUCCCAUCGAGUGGUGGGGUUUGCUAGUUCUAAGCGAAUAAGGUUCAAAUGUGUGCAGUGCAAUAAUAGUGUCGAUUUGCUCUCGAUGUCGAAUAAGCGAUUAUGGUGUGAGCCGUGCAAGUGCUGAUUGUAAAUAGAUCGAUUGUAAAUUUUACUUCGCGUGAAGAGUAAAAGUUUGGUUGAAGUGAGAAGAUAUCGAAUCGAGUCGUGCUAAGAGAUAAGGGUGUUUCGGAAGAAGAAAAUCCCGGAGUGGGCACCUAGAAGCUCAUUCCGGAAGGAGGCAGCAAUUGAUUCGAAUUGAACGCGCGGGUGAAUGUGUUUACCGGGGGCAUGAUAGUCCCCCCUCAUCUGGCCGCAACACUCAACAACAGUGGUGGGGGGUCCGGUGGAAACAAUAACAAUAGUGGCAACAGCAGCGUCAACAGUGGUUUGUCCGUUACUGGAGCAGGCGGAGCAGUAGUAGGUUUGGGAAGCCACCUGGGAGGAGCUACAGCAGGGGCGACUACAUCGCUUCUAGUCAGUGGCAGCCAGGAUAGUCUGAGCGGUUUCGUACUCAGUGGUGGCGGCAGCGGCGGAGGGGGAAACGGUAACGGAAGCGGCAGUAGCGGUAGCGGAUCCAGCCGUACCGGAUCCAGCAACGGAAGCGGCCAUCGUAUCCUAGCCGUCAAUCGUAACAUUGACGACCUACUGUUCGGUAGUGAUUUGGACUCGCUAAUCAAUGACAAUAUCAUAAAUGGAUUCAAAUCGUUGAAAGUGGCGAAAUCGCACUCGCAGGAUAACUUGGAUUAUCACCAUCGUCAUCCGCAUCUACAGCAGCAGCAACAUCCACAUCAUCAGCAGCCGUUCUAUCAUCAUUAUUAUUCGCAUCAGUUGCACUCAUUGUCACCAACUCAACAGCAACAAGCACUAACAUCGUUACAUUACCAGACACAGCAUCAUCAUCUGCAACAGCAGCAGCAGCAGCCGCAGCAACAAGUUAAUCACUGGAUUGAAUCGGAUAUCAUAACAAAUAGCAAGAUGCUGACGGAUAAAGCAAAACAGAAACUAGCAGCACAAUAUGCAUCCGGAAAUGUUCCUGACUCAACGCGGCAGAGGCAUCAUGCGCCGCUCUACGGAAGACUGGUUACAGAAGAACACUUACCUGCCGCUCAUCGUGAUAUACAUCAGGUAGCAAAACGUUCGAUAAGUCCUACAUCAUCGACAGACAUUCGGGCGAUGCAAGCCCGAAUACCAUCGCAUUUUCGAGACCCAACGACGGCGCCCCUACGGAAGCUGAGCGUGGAUCUAAUCAAAACCUACAAACACAUCAAUGAGGUUUACUAUGCCAAAAAGAAACGAAGAGCUCAACAAACCCAGGGCGAGGAUACCUCCCACAAGAAGGAGCGAAAGCUAUACAACGAUGGCUACGACGACGAGAACCAUGACUACAUCAUCAAAAAUGGCGAGAAGUUUCUUGAUCGCUACGAAAUCGACUCGUUAAUCGGUAAGGGCAGCUUCGGCCAGGUGGUGAAAGCCUACGACCACGAGGAGGAGUGUCAGGUGGCGAUCAAAAUCAUCAAAAACAAGAGACCCUUCCUGAGUCAAGCACAAAUCGAAGUGAAUCUGCUGGAGAUGAUGAACCGGGCGGACGCGGAAAACAAAUACUACAUCGUUAGGCUGAAGCGACACUUUAUGUGGCGGAAUCAUCUGUGUUUAGUAUUCGAGCUGUUAUCCUAUAAUUUAUACGACUUACUGCGCAAUACGAACUUCCGCGGCGUUUCACUGAAUCUGACGAGGAAGUUUGCCCAGCAAUUAUGUACGGCGUUAUUAUUUUUAAGUUCACAAGAAUUAAAUAUCAUACACUGUGAUUUAAAACCAGAAAAUAUAUUAUUAUGUAACCCUAAACGGUCAGCAAUUAAGAUAGUAGAUUUUGGCAGUUCGUGUCAGCUAGGACAAAGGAUAUAUCAAUACAUACAAUCACGUUUCUACCGCUCGCCGGAGGUACUAUUAGGAAUACCGUACGACUUAGCAAUAGACAUGUGGUCCCUCGGGUGCAUACUGGUGGAAAUGCACACCGGUGAGCCGUUGUUUUCCGGCUCGAACGAGGCCGACCAAAUCAACAAGAUCGUCGAGGUGCUCGGGAUGCCCCCGAAGCACAUCCUCGAUCAGGCGCACAAAACUCGCAAGUUCUUCGAGAAGCUCCCGGACGGUACGUACGUGCUGCGGAAAACGCAAAACCAGCGCAAGUACAAAGCAUCCGGCACCCGGAAACUGCACGACAUCCUCGGCGUGGAAACGGGCGGCCCGGGCGGCCGGAGGCACGGCGAGCCCGGCCACAGCGUAUCCGACUAUCUUAAGUUUAAGGACCUAAUCUUAAGGAUGCUGGAUUACGAUCCGAAGACGCGCUGCACACCGUACUAUGCCUUGCAACACAACUUCUUCAAGCGAACGUCGGACGAGAGCACCAACACGGCGAACACGAUCAGCUCGCUCAGCACCAGCCCGUCGGUUAGCACGCAGGACCCCAGCAGUCACGGUCUAUCUUCGUUACAACAUCAGCCUCAGUCGGUGCAACAGCAACAACAGCAGCAGCAGCAACACCACCAAUCAUCAUCGCAAUCACAAUCCACCAGCAUGCUGCUUCUGUCGCAGGCAGCGGCAGCCGUCGGUCUCGGCGCUAAUAGCAACAGUCACAACUCCAGUUCCGGGCCAUCCAUCAACAACAGUAGCAACAACAGCAGUAGUAGCAAUAGUAAUAACACCAACAACAACUCCCUGGCAAUGGAUUGUGAUCCACCUCAUACGGUCCUCACCGCCUCAUCGAAUCCCACCCAUUACCAUCGGAAUCGUUACCUGCAGCAUCAGCAACAGCAGCAACAACAACCGCAUGCGCUGCUGGGUCACAAGAGUUACGCCCCCGCAUCACUGCCAAUCGACUUAGGGGGUCUAACUCACGGUGGCUCGGUGGUGACAGCAGCAGCAGCAGCAACGAUUGACCCUCACUCGUCGUCCUUAUCGUCGUUGGCGGCACAGGCAGCAGCGGCGGCCAACACAGCAAACGCUCUCAUGUCCGUUAGCUUUACGAGUCAUCCUGGCGUCGGUGGAGGCACCAGCAGUAGCAGUAGUAGUAGCGGUGGAGGCGGAGGUAGUAGAAGUCUCCUAUCACACAGCGUUUCAAGCUAUGCGCCAUUUUCGAUGACGGACGCAGCGCUGCUAAUGGGUCACUCAGGGACAACCGGUGGCCACGGAGUGCUGGGGUUGGUUCCGAUGGGAUCGAUAAUUGGUCCGAUCGGUAGUGGUGGAGUUAGCAGUAGUAGUGGGAUUGCUGGUCCAAGCUCACUAGUCAACAUAGGUGGAGGCGGAGGCAACGGCAGCGGAAUGACAGUUCUAAGCGGUAUUGGAGCAAUUGGUGGAAACGGUGGUGGUGGUGUUGGUAGCGGCAGUAGUGCCGGUGGUAGCAGUAGUAGUAGUAGUGCAAGUUCCAAGGGGUUGGGCCGGGCAGCGGCAGCGGCUGCUGCGGCUGCUGCAGCAGCUUCCAACGAACGGGAUGAAUCGCCCAUGGUUGGUGUUUGUGUUCAGCCGAGUCCGGUAAUUAUCCACUGACGGUCGGUGUGGCGUCCGUGCGGGAAAAGUGUAAAGUACGAUUAGGUAGCGAUUCACGGCACGGAUCGGACGAAGUUGAGUACACAGGGUUGGUGGGGGCUGGUUGUCGGUCAACUCUUUCUCUGGGGGACAAGUUUGCAAGCUUGAUUGGUUUUGUUUUUAGUUGGAUAGUCAACUACAUGGAGGAAAAUGCAAACCGAAAUAGAACUUGUGAGAGAAGUCACAAUGUCGGCAUUUGUCUUUGUGUCUAGUCUGAUUUUAUAGUUCCGUUAUAAACAAUAGUCUAAAUAAGCAAAUAAAUCGACCCUUUUGAAAAUUUGUUCUAAUAUAAAUAUAUGGAAAAUGUUGCACAAGUUAUGGACUCAUUCAAACCUCUUAAAGAAUGCAAGUACCUUUUCAGCCCUUAGACUUCAACUGAGAAUUAUAUCUGCUUUCGUAAAGAAAGAUGUUCACAAAAACGCUCGGAAGGCUUCCAAGAAAAAGCCUUGCAAUGGGGACUAGGGAAAUCUGGAAAGGAGCUGGAGCGCCCUGCUGGCUGCCGGGAAAUGGAAUUUGAUGUGUAACAUGCUGGCGGAUCAGGAACCACCUUAAAACGUUCUCGAACUAUCGUAAAAUUUUGAUUAUUGACCAUAGAUGCGACUUGAAAAUGAAGUCUGAACUGAAAUGAUCCACUGAUAAUACAGGCCUUGUGGAACCGGUCCAGAUGACUUAUGGGACAUGCCCAGAGCCCCUGAAUAAAUCUGAAAACCUUGUGGGCCAAGUCUCGAUAAGCCCACAGAGGUGCUGUGGGCAGGUCCAGAGACUUUGAAUGAUAAGUAUAGAAACCUUAUGGAACAAGACAAAUGACUUUUCAGAAAUGUUCACCAUCCACAAGACACGUUAGCGACCUUAUGUUAUGGCUGAAGUCCAUGCAGCUUCUAAGGUAAGUCCCCAAAAGAGUGGGAUCCCCAACUGCAGAUUUUACGGGUCCACUCCUCCGUUUUUGGCCCUUCAUACAGCGACAAGUUGAGUGUGAUUUUGUUAGAGGGGCUUGAUCAAGUCGUUCUGCUAGGACAGUCCAUUUAUAUGUGCAUGCGCCGUGCUACGUGAGUGGCAGAGGCUUAAUCAUCAUCAACAGCAUCAUAGACUUUCUGAGGUAAGGCCCCAGAUGCGGAAAGCCUUAUAACGUAAAUCUGGAGGCCUUGUGGGUCAAUUCCAGGGGCCGUGUUGAAUACAUUUAAAGGUCUUGUGAUAAAUUAGGCGGAUAGCCCACAGACGUCGUGGGACAAGCCCAGAGGCAAUGCAGAAUAUAUCUAGAUGACUUUUGGGAUAAGUCCAGAGACCUCGUGCAACAAUUCCGAAAACUUUGUAGAAUAAAACCGGAUAUCUGUGUAACCAUGUCAGUAGUUGACUUAUAAGAAAAGUCCUGAUGCCUUGUCGUACGCGCGGAGCAUACGUAAGGCCUUGUGAGGUACAUCUGGAGGACUCUAGGUCUACGCUUCAGGGGCCGUGUGGGACAAGUCCAGGUGGCUUGUAAAUCAAACACAGAAGCCUUGUGAGACAACUCCAUAGAGUUAGUAGCACAAGUCCAGAGAUCUCAUGGAACACGUUCACAGGUCUUGUAGGAUAAAACCGGAUUUCUUAUAUAACGAGUCCUGAAUUCUUGUGGACAGAUGACUUAAGAUAAAAUUCCACAAGCCUUGUGAGACACGUUAGAUGCCUUACAAACCGCCGGCGCCGGUGAUGUAGAGUGGUAAGCGUGACUGCUUUUUCACCUCAAUGGGUCUGGGUUCAAUCCCAGCCGAGGUCGGUGGGAUUUUUCUGAGGCAUAAAAAUCUCUGGACAUGUCUUCCUUUGGAAGGGAAGUAAAGCCGUUGGUCCUGGUCCAUGUGUGUUGAAUGGGUGCGAUAUCCCACGCAGGUGUGGAAGCUGCCUCCCUGCACAUUCGAUGUCCGUCGGUGAUUGGAACUAGAUUGCGGAACAGAGACCGACGUUAAAUAAAGGAAUGAAAAAAACUUCACAAACCUUCUGAGGUUCGUCUAGAUACCUUGAGGGGGACACGCCCAGGUGACUUGUAAAACAAGCUCACAAGCCUUUAUGGACAACUCCAUAGAGUAUGUAGUACAAGUCCGGUGAUCUCAUGGGACAAAUUUUAAGAUGUCGAACAAGUUCGGUACUAUUGCGCGCAGUUAACUCAUAAGGAAAGUUCAAUAGUCUUAUAAGAUAGAUUAGCGGUUUAAGUUCCCAUACCUUUAGAGGUAAGAUCAGAUGCCUUGAGGUUAAUGAAGGCUUGUGCGAAAAAUGUAGAAGACUUGUGCAUCACAUUGAGGGCCCGUGUGAGACACUAGUUCAGAUGACUAGGGAAACGAGGUCAGUAGCCUUGUGGGUCAACUCCAUCGAGUGUGUAUCCAGUGUCCAGUGAUAUCAAGUUCAGACGCCUUGUACGAUGAAUCCGGAUAGUUUGUGGAACAUCUUUUGAGGUCUUGAUUUAUAAGUGUAGUCCAGUGCUGUAAUUUUAGAGCUGGUUACUCACUGAUAUUUGUGCCCCGUCCAGCUCGAAUCCAUGCGCCUUGCCCCUUAAAUGAGCGCCCAUAAUUGUACUCGAUUGCGCUCAGUGGUUAAUCUUCAAUUGGUAAUCGACGCUGGUCGGUGAUUAGCACUCGAUUACGGAGCAGCGAACGAUGGUUAAUCCAAAAAAAAAAGUUCAAAGGACCGUGUGACUCAUAGGCCAGUAUGUCUUAUGGAACAUGCAAAAGACAUAGUAUGAGAGAGGAGCGGAUUCAAAACAAACUGCGUUGGCAACCUAUACCUAGGUGGUAUCUAGCAACACUGGCAAUGCAAUCAAGAUAGGUGCUGAUCGGUUGGCUCUGGUUUUGACAGUUCCGUUGACUAAAAACCGGCCAAUCCGCUACUCUCUUAUACUAGACCCUCUCUAGUGUAGAGAUCAUGUGAAAUAAGCGCAGAGGAUAUAACAUCUCCAAAGGUCCUGUACGACAAGUCCGGUGAUCUCAAGCGGCUUGUUCGAAGACCUUAUCCUGUGGGGCAAAUUCGAGCUAAUUCAGAAGUCUUGCGGAUUGACUGGAGAUGAUUUAUGGGGACCUUUUCAAAGGCGGGA